AUGGCGUUCAACAAGGCUUUGAAGACUUCCGCUUACCACUCCCGUUUCCAGACUCCUUUCCGUAGAAGAGCUGAGGGUAAGACUGAUUACUACCAGAGAAAGAGAUUGGUGACCCAGCACAAGGCUAAGUACAACUCUCCAAAGUACAGAUUGGUCGUUAGAUUCACCAACAAGGACAUCAUUGCCCAGAUUGUUUCUUCCCAGAUCACCGGUGACUUUGUUUUCACCGCUGCUUACGCCCACGAGUUGCCAAGAUACGGUAUUACCCACGGUUUGACUAACUGGUCUGCUGGUUACGCCACCGGUUUGUUGGUUGCCAGAAGAGCCUUGCAGAAGUUGGGCCUCGACGAAACCUACAAGGGUGUCGAAGAAGUUGAAGGCGAAUUCGAAUUGACCGAAGCCGUUGAAGACGGUCCAAGACCAUUCAAGGUCUUCUUGGACAUUGGUUUGCAGAGAACCACCACCGGUGCCAGAAUCUUUGGUGUCUUGAAGGGUGCCUCUGACGGUGGUUUGUACGUUCCACACUCCGCCAACAGAUUCCCAGGUUGGGACAUCGAAGGUAAGGAGUUGGACUCUGAAACCUUGAGAAAGUACAUCAUGGGUGGUCACGUCGCUGAGUACAUGGAAGAAUUGGCCGAUGAUGAUGAAGAAAAGUUCAGAACUUUGUUCAAGGGUUACUUGGCUGACGACAUUGACGCCGAUGCCGUUGAAGACAUCUACGUCGAAGCCCACGAAGCCAUCAGAGCCGACCCAGCCCACAAGCCAACCGAAAAGAAGUUCACCAAGGAACAGUACGCCGCUGAAUCCAAGAAGUACAGACAGGUUAAGUUGACUGGUGCUGAACGCAAGGCCCGUGUCCAGGAAAAGAUUGCUGCUUUCCAGGCUGCCAACUAA